GCCAAAUGGCCUUUUAAUGGGAGAGUGCCGCAGCGCAGCGACACGACUAGCAUGUAAUGUGUGCAGCGUACGCCCCCUUUCAGUAGGACCCAGAUUGCCUUCUCCCUGUAGGUUGGUACACCUGGGGGUAAAAAAAAGAUGAGCUUUGGAUGAUACAUUUUCUGUAGUCAUUAUGUAUUUCUUUUGAGCACAUGAAACGGUUACCCUGUGAAUGUCUCCAGGUUGGUAGGAAGGCUCACUCUAAAGCGUCCUGGCCCAGUUCGGCCCUCCGUCCCUGGGCAGGGAGCGGAGAGCUCCCGGGGCAUGACGAUGCUGGGGUUGAGUGUAGCGGCGUGCGGCGUGCGGCCAGCGGCCACGUGUCGGCCCGGGAGGCCUCUGGGAGGCCCCCUAGCGCUGAGAAGGAGGAGGCAAUGAACCACCGCACCCAGGUUUGUGUCCAACCUACAGUACAAUCCUAGGGAAGCAAUCUUCCAGUGGUUUUAAAUACCAAAUAAAUAAAUACCAUAUCCAAUGUAUUUUUUGUAAUCGACGAAUGAAGUUUCGCUCCCUCGCAGUGAUACUGUUGAUCUCUGAUACCACCACAGGUAAUAUGCCCCCCUCUCCCUCUCCUCCCCCCCCCCCACCUAAGGACGGUGAAAGACCAUUUUCAGGGAGCGACACAACGUGGGGGUUUGGCCGCCUCAGGGGGGACAUCCGAGAGGAUGGGAAGUCAUCCCGUUUCAAAGCCCCGGACCCAGGGGCCGGUCUCGGUGGAGGUCUCUCCCAGGCCCCCGAAAGCUCCUCCUCCUCCUCCUCCUCCUCCACUUCCUCCUCCACGGUAGACCAGGCGUACCAGUCUCCCAGAGAACUGCAGGCCCCAACGCCACCUCGAGAAGCAGGCGUCUCCAAAGCGCCUUUAAGAUUACAGAUCAAAGUGUGCGGGCAGAGCAGUGGUUUGGGCCUCAGCAUCGCUGGUGGGAAAGGUUCUCUACCCUACAGAGAACACGAUGAGGGCAUCUUCAUCUCGAAGGUUUCCGAAGGAGGUCCUUCCGAUAAGGCAGGGGUCCUUGUUGGAGAUAGAUUGUUGGAGGUUAACGGACUUGACAUUCAGGGGAUGGCCCACCACGAAGCCGUGAGUGCCCUCAGGCACGCGGGAAGUUGCAUUAAGAUGAAAGUGCUGAGGGAGAAGGGACUGCCAUUCCAGGUUUGUGUCCAGGACAACCCAGCUGCCCGGGAGAUGGGUGUAAAGUUGAGUCCAGAGCGAUUCCACCACGAGGAGGUGGGAUGCCAGACUCCCAAGGGCGAGCACACGCCCGGGAGGGUCGAUAGUGUGUCCUGUAAUGGAAACUUAGAUCUGGAGAUGGAACCGAGCUGGAAGUUAUUCCGACAGGAGCCAGACGCACGAACGAUAACAAACCCCUUUGAAGGGGAGAAAGGCACCAUGACGCCUCCACCUGGUAAACCAAUCAACAGAAGGCACAACCACGCAGACAACCAAUUAGCAGCCAAUCAACCCUCUCUCAACUCACCAUCGAGGUUGUCUAGCCAGUGGAUGCUGAGUAUUAUGGGACAGCAUCCGGGAAAGCGAGCCAAUCCCUUACUUCCUAUCCCUCGGAUUAUCCUGACACAUCCGUCCACCUCGGACGAUGACGUGGACACCUCGUCUCAGGGGGCUGAAGGAGAGCUGUUGCUAUCCGACUCUGCUUCGGCUGAUGUUCACGUCCAGUCUGGUACCUCGAAGAGCCCUCACUACCCGCCGUGACCUCAGCGCUUCUCGACGCUCACACUGGACGUUGUGUGACCUCUAAUGAUGCUCUCCCCUGUAAAGAAUAAAAAGCACUGCUGCGGUGAAGUGUAUCAAAGUGCCAUUAGCAUUCGGUAUCUUUCAGCUCUUAUCACCGUUUUGUCAGUUUGAGGUCACUGCGUGGGAUUUUCCAGACGCCAUUUUGCUAUUAUUACUAGUGUCUGAAGUGUCUGAAGCUAUAUUUGUAGAGACACAUUAAAUGUCGUCCGAGGCCGACUUCCUAUACAAAUACUUGCUUGCUUGCUUACUUGAAGCAUGCAGAAAUGCUCUGCAGGGUAAUGAAGAAUUUAACCGAAGAAAUGUAAACACCACCAACAGCAGUGAGAAUGUGGUAAGAUAGUAAGUAUUCAUCCAUACAACUCAUCCAAAAACCACAGAAAAGGGAAUUUCCAUCGGAUCCAGUACUGUAUUGUCUGAUUGAUGAACGACAACUACCUCGUGUUUAAAGAGAUAUGAUGUAACUUUGCACACUAGCGGCCCCUCACGGCCACCAGAGACUGUGACGUUUCCGAUAACGGAAGAGCAACAGAAACCUAAAACAACAUACGAAGCCUAUCGCAAAUUUGUGUUCAAGCCAGGUAAUAGUGAGAAUUAUUGCGUCACGAAAAAUAAUGAAUUGAUUUUUCACUAUAUUAAAUGUUUUAUUUGACAUUCUCUCGGUCGGCACAGACCAAACUGAAUUGUAGUGUAUGAUUUACUGCACCAUAGCAAAACCAAAUGUAAGAAAAAGGAAAGAAAGCGUGCAGUGUAAGGUCCACAGUGGAUAUUUAAGCCGCCAUAAAUGUGCUGCUGCCUCCCGAUUGUACCAGCGUCGGGCCAUUGACAGAGUGAGCCCUCAGAAAUGUCAUAAAUCUUUAU